AUGCUGUUUUACGCCAUUUUGUACGACACCAUCCUUUGCAACGCUCCACCCCUUGCGCCGCCUCCGCACUGCGAUUCGUCAAAAAUCAAUUCGGAGUGCCCCGAUAGGCAAGCCGGAAACAAGAAACUCGAAGAUGAGAUUCGCUCUGGUCGACCGACUGCAAUAUCUUUCGACGAACUGAAGAAUCUGGCGGAGCAGCAUCCAUAUGAAAGUGUGCGGUAUUUUGUUAUCAGUUUUGGCUGUUCGCUGUCCACCGUGAGCGAUGGACUGCGAUGUCUCGGAAUGGUGAAAAAGCCUGAAGCCGCAGAUUCGACUGGCUGGACACCAUUGUCACUGGAGAAAAAAUGGGUCCUCUACGUCAACCACACCCACAGACGUGCGUGGUGCACUGGCCGUGAAAUGCCGGAUCCUUUCGUGAAAGGUGAAAUCCAUGAGAAGAAGGUCAUGCUGAGCGUCUGGUGGGAAGUUCAUGGAAUCUACCGUUUCGAACUGCUGCCGGACAACACGACAGUUACUGCCGAGGUACUGCGCUCAACUGCAAAGAUUGGCCGACACCCGAAGUUCGACAACGUUCGCCUGCUGCACGAUUAA